CUCCGGGCCGCUCUAGCCACCCCUCUCGCCUGCUCCGGCGGGAGGCGGGAGGCGGGCGCGCCCGCGGGGUCCCUCCAAGAUGGCGGCGCAGAGGAGGAGCCUGUUGCAGAGUGAGCAGCAGCCAAGCUGGACAGACGACCUGCCGCUCUGCCACCUCUCAGGGGUGGGCUCAGCCUCCAACCGAAGCUAUUCUGCUGAUGGCAAGGGCACCGAGAGCCACCCGCCGGAGGACAGCUGGCUCAAGUUCAGGAGUGAGAACAACUGCUUCCUGUAUGGGGUCUUCAACGGCUAUGAUGGCAACCGGGUGACCAACUUCGUGGCCCAGCGGCUGUCCGCGGAGCUCCUGCUGGGCCAGCUCAACUCCGAGCACACGGAGGCCGAUGUGCGCCGUGUGCUGCUGCAGGCCUUCGACGUGGUGGAGAGGAGCUUCCUGGAGUCCAUCGACGAUGCUCUGGCUGAGAAGGCGAGCCUGCAGUCCCAGCUGCCAGAGGGUGUCCCCCAGCACCAGCUGCCUCCUCAGUAUCAGAAGAUCCUUGAAAGACUCAAGGUGCUGGAGAGGGAGAUUUCAGGAGGAGCCAUGGCUGUCGUGGCUGUCCUUCUCAACAACAAGCUCUACGUCGCCAAUGUCGGUACGAACCGUGCACUUCUAUGCAAAUCCACGGUGGACGGGCUGCAGGUGACACAGCUGAACGUGGACCACACCACGGAGAACGAGGACGAGCUCUUCCGCCUCUCACAGCUGGGUUUGGACGCAGGAAAGAUCAAGCAGGUGGGGAUCAUCUGUGGGCAGGAGAGCACCAGGCGCAUCGGAGACUACAAGGUCAAAUACGGCUACACUGACAUCGACCUGCUCAGCGCUGCUAAGUCCAAGCCGAUCAUCGCGGAGCCUGAAAUCCACGGCGCACAGCCCCUGGAUGGGGUGACUGGCUUCCUGGUGCUGAUGUCCGAGGGGCUGUACAAGGCCCUGGAGGCAGCCCAUGGGCCUGGGCAGGCCAACCAGGAAAUUGCUGCUAUGAUUGACACUGAGUUCGCCAAGCAGACUUCCCUGGACGCGGUGGCCCAGGCCGUGGUGGACCGGGUGAAGCGGAUCCACGGUGACACCUUUGCUAGUGGCGGCGAGCGUGCCAAGUUCUGCCCAAGGCACGAGGACAUGACCCUGCUGGUGAGGAACUUUGGCUACCCGCUGGGCGAGAUGAGCCAGCCCACAGCAUCCCCUGCCCCAGUCACAGGAGGACGUGUAUACCCCGUAUCCGUGCCUUACUCCAGCGCCCAGAGCACCAGCAAGACCAGCGUGACCCUCUCCCUCGUCAUGCCCUCGCAGGGCCAGCUGGUCAAUGGGGCCCACAGCGCUUCCACCCUGGACGAAGCCACUCCCACCCUCACCAACCAGAGCCCGACGCUGACCCUGCAGUCCACCAACACACACACCCAGAGCAGCAGCUCCAGCUCGGACGGGGGGCUCUUCCGCUCCCGGCCCGCCCACUCGCUCCCGCCUGGCGAGGAUGGCCGUGUGGAGCCCUACGUGGACUUCGCUGAGUUUUACCGCCUCUGGAGCGUGGACCAUGGCGAACAGAGUGUGAUGACGGCACCGUAGCCCCGGCUGCGGAGUGCAGCCGAGCGGGACCUUCGUGAGGACCGGGGCGAUCGUGGGGGCAGGAUGGGCUUUUCCCCACCAGCUGCCUGUGCCGUGGGGGCCAGUGGGCGCCCAGUCCUCAGCCUGACCGUCCUCCCCCAGCUGGGUGCUAUGGAGAAGACCCUCUCAGAGCGCCAGUGCAGGCGGACCCCUUGGAUACGCCAUGUCACUGCAGGGGGACUGGAGGCCACCCGCCCAGGCAGCCUCAGCCAGGACCGUCGCCAUUUCUCAGAACAAGAGGUGCUAGUGCGGGAGCCUGGCUGGCUGUGCGCACCCCGUGAGACAGGACGGGCAGAGGUUCCUGUGACCCCGCACGUGACAGGCCCAGCAGCCACUGCUUUCUCUAGGCCACCGUUCCCGCCGCCACCUCCCCUGGGAGAGCCUGUGGCCGGUGAUGCGUCCCCUCACCAGGGCCUGGUGGUUCGCCCCUUUCUUCUCCGGCCUCCAGAGUGAAUCCCGGUUGACGUCUGCUUCUUCGGAGCCUGCACCGUCCCUGGGCCCCUUCCCUGGGCCGGCCUGGCUGUUUUCAGUGGUGAACGUUCAGGAAGACCAGGGAGGUGGGGGCCUGGGAUGGCUGUAGCGGGAAAGGAACCAGAGGUAACUGUCCAGGAGGAGCACUGGCCCUGGAGUCCUCCAAAGGGUAGACGGGGCUGGUGGGCGUCCCCAGAGAUGGGGUGCAGGGGAGCAGAAGUGCUCGGACGGAGUGAGGACGUGGCCUCUUGUCAGGCCCCUCCAGGAGGGGAGGCCCCGAAGCAGGGUGAGCGACUCCGCUUUGCUCUUUCCUUCCUGGAGCUGGGAAGGCCCUGGCUGAGGAGCCAUGAAGACCAGCGAUCUUGACCACUGACGACGGUCCCUGCUGCUCCGCAGGAAUGAACAGAGGCGUGUGGAAGAGGGAGCGUGGGAAGUGGUUCUGGAAGGGCAGAGGUUCUGCGAGCCCUGCUGCUCUGUGUGGAGGGCCCAGGUGUGCGCUGCUUUUUCAGGGGCGGGCGGGCGGGCUCAGGCCAUCAGGCCCGAGAUGGACCACCUCAGGGCUCGCUGCCUCUGGGGAGGGACUGCACUCCUGUUUUCACAGGAGAAGCCAGCCCAGGAGACCCACACAUGCCCUCACAUGGUCGGUGGAGCAGAAAUCAGACCUGCCAGUCCCCGAGGCCCCUGGAUUCGGCCCCUCCCCAGCUCAGCAGGGCCUGGCACUGUGUGUGGCCUCCAUGUACUUGGACUCAGAAAAGUCAGAGGCCGGCUCAGCCCUGCUCGGUCUGUGGUCCCGGAAGGUGGUUCCCGAGGGAAGCAGAGGAAGUGCCUCUCGGCAGAGCGCCCACCCUCCACCACGAAGCCACCUGUUAGGUGAACAGGUUUAAAGUUAGUCACAAAGGCUGGGAACAAAGGGAAUUCUCUUCCAAGAACAUCCCGGUGUUGCUGCUUGGUCUCUGGAAAGAGAACCCCUUUGUGCCACGGUGAGGAAGUAAUAAAUGGUGGGUUAUGCGA